AUCGUUCCAAACGUCAUGACGCGUCGAGCAUUUGUUGCUACAUAUUUUCAUCGAUUGCAUGCGAGUGGUAUUUUUACUUUUUAUUUAAUUUAUUUUGAUUUUUUCACCUCCUUUUUACGUCAUUCGCUGUCUGUCAGCCAAGUCAGUUACACAUUUUUUGUUUUAAUUUUAUUUAAUUAUUUUGUGUGAUUUUGCUGCUCAUUCAGCUUGGAUGAGCCGAAACUGGAGCUGAGUAUGGUUAGACGCAGCUUUCAUGCAAAGAGCACUUUUUUACAAAUCUGUUAAGAAUUACAAAACGAGCUGAAAUGUUCGACUUUUAAUCUUAACAGAAAAAUGAAAAAAGCGGUUAGAGAGAGAAAGAAAGAGAGUUCUGGGCCAGAGCUUCCUCAAAAGUCUUACUACAUUCUAAUUAAGCAAGCACAUAGCAACAAAUACACCUACGAAGCUCAUGCUAACUAUCUCGAAUGUUAUGUUUGCGAGGAUUGCGAGGAGAGUGAAGGUAAGCCGGUGUCAUGUGCACUACUCGGGGAGCUGCAAUUAAUAGAUCCCACACCACAUACCGCAAAUGGUACAAUUCUUAUAACAACAACAGAAAAGGCAAGCGACACAUCAAUAAAACCACCUACCUCUAGCCAGGUCAGUGCUGGAGCUUUCACUUCUCAAGGCUCGUUAACUAACAAUCUAACGACAAUCCCUACUGCUUUUGAUACGACGACAAUCUCGGAGACCUUAAAGACAACAGCUGCUACUCAAAAUGAAAAUAUUACUACGCCUACGGAUAGUAUACCGCAGAACCAGACUUCCAGUAGACCACAAAUUAUUGUGGAUUCCAUGGAAUCCUAUGAAGAUAUGGAGUAUGAUUUUGGAAAUCCAACUUACGUCAACUCAUCACAAUUACAACACAAUACCAAGAAUACGAAAGAUAUUAUAGGUCUAACUGACUUCACUAACAAUAUCUCGCUGACUGAAGGGUAUGAAGGCAACAGACCAACCAAUGAAAGCUCCAUCGAUUCCGCGCUUGUCUCUAAUUUAACAAACUCGACUUUUCUUUCAACCAAUGGAACAAAUGUUUUGGGACUCUCAGGAAUUACAAAUGAAUCGUUGAUAUUUGAUUCUUUACCGGGUAGACCAAAUAAUACAAAUCUAACUGAGUUUAAUACAACAAGAUUUGAAUACACAACCUUGGUAUCACAAGCAGAGAAUAUUUUGGAUACAGAUGAUUCAAUUUUCGAAGAACAUUCAGAAGAAUACUCAUCGGAAUCUGAAGAAUAUUUUCCAUGGCUCAUACGUUCCAACGCACUUUUUGAGAAUAGUCGGAAGGACAAGGCUAUGCGGAGUGCUAAAGGCUUCACUAACACUAAGUACGGCAAGUUGAACUAUGACAAGGGAAUGAAGCAAUUGAAUAUAACCUACAAGUGUUACACUGUGCAGGUUAAAGGCCAAAACAAAGUGCAAGUAAAUAAAGGUUGUAUCGCUGUGCCACCAAAAAGAACUGCCUGUGAAUUAUUAUCCUUGAAAUAUGACAAAGAAACACUAAAAGGUUGUCAAGUAUGUUUGGAGGACAAAUGUAAUCGCAACAACAGCAAUGGUUUAAAAUUUUCUUUCAAAUCUUUACUGUCAGUAAUAUUAGUCGCUUGGUUGCUUUACUGAGUCUUACAUUAAUUAUAAUAUACUGUAUAUUUUUUGUAUUCACUGUUAAAAAUUAAAUUCUUAUCAGAUUAUUUGUUUA